GCUUGCGCCGAUCAAAACUUCCUGUUUCUGUUUAGCGAAACAUGGCGUCAAUGGCAAGUCUCUCCGCUAAAGUUGCUCAGCGAGCAGCUGCCAGCAAUCUUUUUAGCAGCAUUGGAAAGCCCCUUGCUUCUUCUCGGGAUUUCCAUUUUCGCGUACAUGGAAGAAACACUGAUGCCAAAUCAUCAACUUCAGCUGAUAUCUCAAGAGACUACCCAGUGGUAGACCACCAGUACGAUGCCGUGGUGGUGGGUGCCGGUGGCGCUGGGCUCAGGGCGGCCUUUGGUCUGGCUAACGAGGGCUUCAAGACUGCAUGUAUAACCAAGCUCUUCCCGACCCGAUCGCACACUGUUGCUGCACAGGGUGGCAUCAAUGCUGCAUUGGGUCACAUGGAAGAGGACCAUUGGCAGUACCACUUUUACGACACAGUCAAGGGUUCUGAUUGGUUGGGAGACCAGGAUGCCAUCCACUACAUGUGCGAGGAGGCACCUAAAGCCGUAAUUGAGCUGGAGAACUAUGGAAUGCCCUUCAGUCGGCUGGAGAACGGGAAGAUUUACCAGCGUGCCUUCGGAGGCCAGAGUCUGAAAUUCGGCAAAGGAGGUCAGGCCCACAGAUGCUGUGCUGUGGCUGACCGCACAGGUCACAGUCUGCUGCACACUUUGUACGGACGGUCACUGAAAUAUGACACCAACUAUUUCAUCGAAUACUUCGCCUUGGACCUGAUCAUGCAGGACGGUGAGUGUCGUGGAGUGACUGCCCUCUGUCUGGAGGAUGGAUCCAUUCACCGCUUUCACUGCAAGAACACCAUCAUCGCUACAGGUGGCUACGGACGUACCUACUUCUCUUGCACUUCUGCCCACACCUGCACAGGAGACGGAACCGCCAUGGUCAACCGUGCCGGGCUAGCCAAUGAAGACAUGGAAUUUGUGCAGUUUCAUCCCACAGGUAUCUACGGCGCCGGCUGUCUGAUCACAGAAGGCUCCCGAGGAGAGGGAGGCUACCUGGUGAACUCUGAGGGAGAGCGUUACAUGGAGAGAUAUGCGCCAAAUGCUAAGGAUCUGGCCUCUCGUGAUGUCGUGUCCCGUGCCAGCACCAUUGAGAUAAGAGAGGGACGUGGUGUGGGUAAGGACAAGGAUCACGUGUUUCUGCAGCUGCAUCAUCUAGACCCUGAGGUGCUGCACUCAAGACUUCCAGGAAUCUCUGAGACUGCCAUGAUCUUCGCCGGAGUGGACGUGACCCGUGAGCCAAUCCCUGUACUGCCCACGGUCCAUUACAACAUGGGUGGUGUGCCCACCAACUACAAGGGACAGGUCCUGCGCUACUCCAAGGAGACCGGGGAUCAGGUGGUGCCGGGCCUGUACGCCGCUGGAGAGGCGGCCUGUGCCAGCGUGCACGGCGCCAACAGGCUGGGGGCCAACUCUCUGCUCGAUCUGGUCGUCUUUGGCAGAGCCUGCGCCAACACCAUCAUCGAGGAGAACAAGCCGGGAGAAACCAUCGGACCCAUCAAACCGAAUGCCGGCGAGGAGUCUGUAGCCAACCUGGACAAGCUCCGCUACGCUGACGGAAGUGUGACCACAGCGGAGCUACGUCUACAAAUGCAAAAGGUGAUGCAGACACAUGCGGGCGUGUUCCGAGAUGGACCCAGCAUGAAGGAAGGCUGCAACAAGAUGGCCGCCAUCUACAAGCAGAUGGAGGAUCUCAAGGUGUCGGACAGAGGCCUGAUCUGGAACACUGACCUGGUGGAGACACUGGAGCUGCAGAACCUGAUGAUCAAUGCUGUGCAGACCAUCGUCAGUGCCGAGGCACGCACAGAGAGCCGAGGGGCUCACAGCAGAGAGGACUUCAAGGACCGUGUGGAUGAGUUUGACUACAGCAAGCCAGUACAGGGACAGACCGAGAAGCCCGUUGACCAGCACUGGAGGAAACACACACUCUCCUACGUCGAUGAAAAAUCUGGCAAGGUGAACCUCGACUACAGGCCAGUCAUUGAUAACACUUUGAGCGAACAAGAGUGCCCACAGGUCCCCCCGGCCAUCAGAAGCUAUUAAUCAGAUGUGGUUCCUUGUGUGUAUGCAGCUGAGACAGGAUGAGUUAACUGUUUUAUCAUUGGGACUGAGAUCUCUAAUGGCCUCUGCCCACCUUAUGUCAAGAAGAACUUGCCUACUCAGCCCUGGCCAAAUUAUGUUUGCUGUUUCCUUAGUAAAACCACAGUUGUUGUGGCCGUCCAAGCAGCGACUUCGGUAUAAUAGGUAAUGAGAGAAAAGCUGACAGAUUCACGAGGAAUGGAAUAGGACAGAACUCCUGAAGAAAGUUUAAAUGUUUUUAGAGAACUCCCAAUAUCAUGCUUAUCGAAGAAUGUUUUCAUAGUUUUUCCCGCAAGAUCACAAGUGGGACUGAAUAAAAGAUAGGCGAGGUUGGAAGACGCACACUGACAGUUUGUGCAAAUUAAAAUUUAAAAGAAAGGGUAAUGAUUUCAUGAGUAUUGGUACUUGCCUAGAAAGCUGGUGAAAAUGAAUACAAAAUAGAUUAGCAGAUACUAAUGGUUUAAAGAGGACUAGUAUAGGUGAAAGAAAGGUGUAGUUAUCUUCCGAGAACUUGGAAACUGUUUCGUAACGAAGAGCAAAGAGUUGAGUGUGUCACAUUUAUAGUUUAUGUCCAGCUUUGCGAGCUGACAUACUCUCACAUGUGCCGCUGAGCUUGCUCAGUCGGUGGAGAGUGUUCUCAAUUCUCAGAGAUUGGACUCUUUUUUGGCUUACCAGACUAGAGGAUAUUGUUAGUUAUGUUAUAUGACUCGAGCUGUAUUCAUCUAUUGCUGUUGCAGUUGGCUGCAUUGUAUAAACAUCCAGCAUAGUUUGCCUAGCACCAAUUGCAUUGUGAUUAGUUAGCCUUCACGAAUACUUACUUGCUCUUCAAUGUUUUGUUGGUUUGUUUAAAAAAAUACCAUUUUAUUAUGUUUUACUUAAAUAUAUAUGCGGGUUGAAUCUGUGUGCUUUGCUCAAAUUUGCCCCUCCUACCCCUCAUUCAUCUGUCCAUUAGAAGGUUUUUGUUUAGCGAAGAUACUCAGAUGGAUCCAAAGUUAGCCUGGGUUUUUUUUUAACCUGUCUUAUUUUUUCUUAGCCAAGAGUUUUGCAAGGUAUUCAUUUCAUAUAAGAGUAAAGUGACAGUUUGCAGGGUACGUAGGUACGUUAGUACGUAGUUUAUUUACCUGUAUUGAAGCCAAAGUGAAGCACUUGGUGCAAAGCCACAGUGCAUGCCAGGUCUGCUCUAAAGUAGUUUUUGGAAAUGAAUCUUGUCAUUUUUUUAUUGAAUUUUUUUUUUCGCGUUUGUGUGUUCUGUUUUGUCCUCUCAGUAUGGAUGAGUGGUGCGUAAAUUAUCACGGUGGAAAAUGUAAAAUUUGUCUUUCGAUUGUUUGUUUUGUUCCAACGGUGUCACACGGCACACUGUUGGACUCGGCAUGGGGUAUAAGUAUAAGGAACGUUCUGAAUUGACGUGUUGCUAUAUUUAUCUGUCACACGUUGGUUGUUUUUUUGGUGUUUUUUUUCGUAUUAAGGUGCAUGUACGUAGAUCAGGAUGACCACAGAGACAUCCUUGUACAUACUUUUUAUCAAAUAAACGUGAAGUUUUCUGUGAUAAA